AUGGCAUUUCUGUUUGACCUAAAGGCUCUAGUGGACAUGAUGUCUAUUGGCACACUUCUUGCUUAUUCRCUUGUAGCAACCUGUGUCCUCAUUCUUAGGUACCAACCCACCUAUGAGGGACCAAAAUACUCUCCAGAAAAAGCAGCUUUGGCUGCAGCUGAAAGGGAAUCUGCAGUAAGUGAGUCACGGAUAAACAUGAUAGAAGAGAAUCGCUUCCAUCUUCAGGCCUUGAUGAAUCCAUCCAGUUUACCAACUGAGCAGACUGCAAAUAUAGUUAACUUUUUAGUGGGUCUCUUAGCUUGCUUGAUUUGUGGCUUGAGUGUCCUCAUUACAUAUGGGAUUCAUUUUAUUGCUAAGUUGGAGCCGUGGAGUAUUGGCCUUCUUGCUUUGUUGGUGGUAUCCUUUGUAGUUACCGUUCUCCUCAUCCAAAGGCAGCCUCAGAACCAGCAGAAAGUAGCCUUUAUGGUUCCACUAUUGCCAUUUUUGCCAUCAUUCAGUAUACUGGUAAAUAUUUACUUGAUGGUGCAAUUAAGUGGAGAAACUUGGAUCAGAUUUAGCAUCUGGAUGGCACUUGGCUUCAUCAUUUACUUUUCUUAUGGCAUCAGACACAGUGCUGAAGGUCGUCAUAGCAAUGGAGAUGACGAUUCUUGUUCAGAAAAUAGUGGGUUACAAGAAAAGAACCCUAUAGAAGAAGUGGAUGAACCUGAAAAUACAAAUGAAAGGGAUCAAUUUCUUUCACAUGAAAGGACAAGUGAAUGUUAAAUUGCCAACACACCAAUCUUUUAAACCUUCAAUUGGGAUUUUACUUGCAGACUGAAAUUUUAGAAGCUUUCUGCCAACACUGUGCCUCUUGAAAGUGUUUACUACAAGGCCUGACUGACAUUUUGGACAAGCUGCUAAUCCAACUUCAUAAUUUCAGAACUGACAGCAUGGAAUUUAAUGUUUAAUUUUUUUUUAAAGUACCCUUUGACAAGCAAAAAUUUGGACACAUUGUUUGAAGUGUCAUUCAAAAUCACUAGAAAUCAUCAAAUAUAAAGAAUUUUAGAACUGUCUGCAAGAAGUUUUGAGUAUUUGACAAUGGACUGUGAACACAAGUGCCUUCUAUAGCUUCUCCUUAUCUUUGUUACAUGUUUUGGUAACAAUCUAAUUUCUUUCUGUUAAAAUAACUCAUGGGAGAUAAAUUUCAUUUACACAGGCCUGGAAAGUAUUUGCAAAAUGAAUGGUAAUUGCAUUAAUCAGAUACUUUGUAAAAAUUAGAGGAUAGUUUGUUUAUGUAAAAAUAAGUGAUUGCUUAUCUUUGUUAAUCAUGACUACUAAUCAGUAGUCACGGAGAACUCAAUCAGUGAAGAUACUUCUUUAAAGGUUUUYAGUCCCUCUAAAUAGCAUUCAAGAUUUCUAGUUAUGUGAAUGCCUUUUCUUUGAAGGAUGCUGUGUGUACAGAAUAAUACAAGAGGAGCUCUUCUAUUUUCUCCAAAAGUAUCUGGGAAAUAAUGUGUUGGUUAUGGUAUUGACAGUGACAGUCAGAUGCGCUUUAGCAAAUUUUGUGCUUUUGGUUUCAGAAGGRCCAGAAUUUUAUCCCUGACUAAAUAAUUUGGUACUUAUAUGUAGCAGUCAUCCAGUUUGCCUCCUUGAUACUAAUUUUCUCCCCUAUACUUGUUCCUUUAUCAUGUUCCAGAACUGAUAUUUCUGAGUGUUAUACAUUGCUUCUCCUAAGAAAGAUUAAUGCCCAAAAUCCCRGUUUUCAGAUGGAAGGAGAAGUCUAAAAAACAGAGGUCUGGGCUUCAGGAAAAGUAUCCUGUUAUCAGAACAGUAUUUCAGUGGUUCAUUAAGUCGUAAACAUAUGUUAGUUCAGCACUUUUUCAUGAGCCAAGCCUACCACAAAUCCAUUCAUGUGGGUAUGAUGUCUAAAUGCUCAUUUAUAUAAAGAGCCAAAUUGGUGUGGGUGAACAAUUUAGUGCUGGUAAAAAUAGAAACUGUUCUUUCASUGUAAGUCAUGCUACCUGUCAAAAGCACCCAGAUAUUUAUUAUUCAUAUAUUUCUCAACAAGGAGUAGAUUUAAGUCCCAUGAAUGAUUCCAAAAUAUGAAAUAAUUUUGCAAGAAUAUAUUUACAAAAAUUUCUUCCCUAGAGCAAAAACUGUCUUGGACUUUGUCAUGGAGAGUUGCAAUCUGUUGCUGGUGCUACCCAUUAGUAUUAAUUUCUGUUGUUAGUUAUAAGAACUUAAGAUGCCAAGAGAGCUAUCUUGGUUGACAGUGAAAAGCACCUUUUUAUAAUAGCUGAAGAAGAAAAAAAUUAAAACUAGUUAGGCUGCUUCUGUCUCUCUCCUGUUCUUUUUCAGAGAACAGGUCACUCUUUUUAAUGUUAGAAAUGACUUUUUAACUCCUCAGCUUCACAAAAAGCCAUUGCUGUGAGAGCAAGUCAGUUGUGUUCACGUAGAGCUCAUGCGUGAUGUCUUUACCAKCCUACAGUGAAACACAGCUCUUCAAAUUCCUUACACAUCUCAGCAUUUGGGAAGCACAGACUUACUUUUUGCUAUGGUUGUUGAUGCCACAGAGCAGCCCAGCCAGGCUCCCAAGACACAAACUGCUGCUGUUCUGUGAUGUACAAGGAAGGCUCCUUUCCCUCCCAAGGCCAUCAUAUAGAAUGUUUGUGUGCACACCUGUCUAUGCAUUUGCAUAUAUCUGACAGUAGCCCAUAGCAAUUUUGAUAUCCUGGUUGAAAUAAUUUUUAUAUUGCACUGGAAUUUUCCUUUUAAGGGAUAUUGUCAAUAUAAUUAGCUUCUGACUAAAACUAGUGCUAGCUGAGACCUCUGGAGAGAACUAAAGGAAAUAAAUGUUCUAACUUAUUCACCUGAUGGAUGUGUCAGCACUUCGUAUAUUGACAGUUUCCCCUUUCAUUUGUAUGAAUGUUUCUCCCCCCUUGUUAGAGAAAUUAAUUCUUUAAAAAUAAUAGAAUGUACCUGUGUGACUGUUGCUAAGACAGAUAGGAGGAGCACCAGAACUAUGCACAUAAUGAGAUAGAACUAUCCACAUAAAAGGAAGUCAUUGGGUACUCUUGGUUUCUUCAACUGUGCAAAGCUUAUUUAAAUGUGCAUAUAAUCAUUAUUAGUCAGUGGCUGAGUGAAAACAGACAAGCCAAAAGUAAGAUAUUGAUGGUAAAUUGUACACACUGUCUUGAAAUUCCAGAUGCUUUAGCAGGACUCUGCAGAAGCUAAGGACAUGUCAUUCUAGUCCCUGUCCAGGAAGGUUGGAUGAAACAAAAGCUGAUUUUGUYCUGACAUUUGUCUAUCUCGGUACUUGCUGAAAGAUCAGUAGAAAGCACARGUCCAUUGGAAUUGAAAUGUUAUUUUUUAACACAGUUGUUGAUAUUGUAAAUUGUUAUGUGCAAAUAGUAAUGAUGUGUUUUAAUACAAAAUAUCUACUUUUGAAGGUAGCUUAUUAGCCUUUGUAGAAAACAUUCUCUUAAACUUUAUUUAUGUUGGUACACUCUGGACAUGCCAUUAGAUAAAGGAAUUAUUCUUACCUUGUCGGAUUUAAGAAAGUAAACCAAAACAUAUUUAACAGAGAACAAAUAACUAUUUUUGUUCUGAGCUAUAAGAGUUAUAAAACAUUUCUGAACAGUUUAUGUUAACUGAAAUGAUCUUCCUGUGGUAUUCAAGUUCUAAUUCUGCAAUGGAAAGUUUUAUGACAAAACUUAGAUUACAUUUUCUGUUAUCAUGGAUAAAACUUUGUUGAUAAUAAUAGUAUGUUUUUUCCUUCACGASAAAUGUUGAUAAGAUUCCCAAAAUCUGUUAUAUUGUGCUUAAUGUUGCCAAGUGUUAAAGCCACUUACGUCACCUGCUGUUGAAGAACUAUCAGCAAUAAAUGUCAAUAGUAGUGAUACAGAAGUAUGUGCUUAUGUACUUAAGUAGGAAUUUAACUGUGUCAUCCAGAACCUUCACAAUACAAUGAAUUUAGAGGCAAAAAAUUGGUAAAGCUUAAAUAUGUAUUCUAUAUUUUAUUAGAUGAUAAAUCACCUUUCCCCUAAAAUUUAUGCAUAUAUCUAUAUGAAAUGUAAGGCAUAUUAUUUUCAUGGAAGUUUUAAUAAGUGCCACUAUCAGUGUGCCAUAAGCAUUCUGAGAUGGUGAAAUCAUGACAGGAAAUCUGUGUGGGACUGUGCAAUUGGGUACGAGGCCUUUGACAUUGAGGCACAUUUUGUACAGUAGGAUUUUAAUUCACAGGAAGGCUGGCAUGUGUUACUUGAGUGCAUAAAAAAGAAAAUAAAAGCACCUUUUUAAUACUCCCGGGCCUUAAUUCUUCCUAUAAACUCUGGGAAGUCUGUAUUAAUUGCAGUAUAUUCACUGAAGGCACUGAAGUUAUUCAGUGUUAAACAAAUAUAUAUUUUAGAGAAAGAGCAGAUGGUAUUUAAUAUAGUAUAGGAUCUUUGUAUUUGUUUUUCAUUUCCUGUAUCUUUAGUAUUUCUUUCUGGUAUAUGUUUUGAGGACCUUUGCAUUUUUAAUAGUUGGACCUUUUCAAAGCUAAUUAUAAUGCCUUUACCAUAUGCUGAUCUAUUUUCCAUUUGACCUUAGAAAUCAAACUCAACAUCAGCAAAAUUGAAGGAUUUCUGUGCAUAGACAUGCAAACAUGCAUUACAAAGAAUUACGUGUGUAUAUAUAUAUUUUUUUAUUGUCAGUUGGACAAAUUCUGUUGUUUUAGUAUGUUUUUUCAAGCCUUUUGCUAGGUGAAAUCCAGCUUCACCAAGUUUAGUUGGARUCAGAUCAUGAGAAUUUGAAUAUUUAGGAAAGGAUUUUUCUUUUGUGGUACCAGAAAGUAAAGCAUGAAAUAUAUGUUACAUACCUUUAAAAACAGUUAUGUGUGCAUCAUUUUAAAAAACUUUAGUGUUCAURUCUAUCUUAACUUUUUGCUCAUAUGUACAUUCUAGUGAUUAUUUCUGUAUUGUAUGCUGCUGACCAUUUAAAAUGUAGAUAGGAUGAUUAUGAUGCAAUUUAAACUACAAAUUGUAUUUCUUUGAAGUGCUCUACCAAAAUGAAAAGCCUUGAAUUUUUAUGAAUGUAAAAAUGCUUGUAUUUAAGAAUAUGGUGCUUUUUUUUCCACUUUACAACAGAAUUGUUAUCAGUGACAUUUUUAGUUACCUUWGUUUCAAAUUCUAAUGGGAAUUACAUUGCUCUUCAUUUACUGUAAAAUGUGCUUUGUGGGAUAACAAUUGUGCUUUUGUUCCAUAUUUUUUAAAUAAAGUUGAAUAUCACUUGUAUGUACUUCAUAAACCAGAUGUAACUUUAAUCACCACUACAGUUUUAGUUAACACUAAAAUAAUAUACUGACUUAAAAUCAUCAGUAUGCUGGAUACACAAAUCCUAGCACAUUUAAAAUAAAUAACAUGAUAACACUGUA